AUGCUCACCCCGAUCAAGAUCCGUGGCCGCAGAAAGAGACCCUGGUCCCCCAAUGAUGGAGUCCCCAAACCAAUCCCAUCUGGUCCGAAAGGAGGCCGACCGAUGUUGUCCCCCGAAGCCAUAGCCGCAAGGUCCCAAUCGCACGGUAUAUUCAAACGGUCCCGUCUGCUCGUCGCCAGCCCGGCGCCGCUGCGCAAGUCGCGGAGGAAGCUCUCCCGAUUGGAAACUCUGCCGGUUGAGUUGAUCGAGAAAAUCUUCCUGUAUUCGCUGAAUGUCAAUCUGCCGCGAUGCUCCCGUUCCCUCGCUGCCGCUGUCUCCAGCGAGCGCAUUUAUCGCGCGUUAACCUUGUUCGCCUUCUGGGAUGAUUCGCUGCCGCCACAAGGUUUUGUUGCUGCUGCUCCUGGGACAGAGAUUUCCAAGCUCCUUAGACCGCUGGAGUACGUCCUCCCGCUGGAUCGGGACGAGCGUCGAGCCUUGCAAGCUUCCAUCCUCCGGUGUCGAUGGUGCACAAUCCCCCAUCUGCUCAACCAACUACCCGAUCUCAUGCGUCUCACCAUCCACCGACACUGGCUCAAUCCAGACAUCCACAUGCCUCCCGAGGAGAAAGAAAGUCUCCGGCUUUUCCUGGCCCGAAAACAAGACACUCCGCGCACCUUCACCGGCAGGGACAAGCAAAACACAUACACGCUCACCAUCACCCCACUAGUCUCAAUCACCAUCACCACCACCACCACCACCACUACCGAAUUCACCCACACCACCACCCACCACCACCGGUUCCUAAGCAUACUAGAAAUCCCCGAGAAACUCCUCGCCCCGCCCCCAGACACCGGCUUCACCCCAGCACACAUCCAACUUCUCGAAACCCUCCGCGUCGCCAGCGGACUCAACCAGCCCGACCUCCAUCCAACCAGCGUCACGCUCUCCCGAGAAGCCCUGCAGCAGGGGAUCCACACGGCCCUGAUCGAACACAACGCAGCGGCGCUCUCCAUUCUCCUAAAGAUGGACGAGUACACCUUUCGCGCCGAACACCCUGCCCCGCCAGCUCCAGCAACAGCAACAGCAAUAGCAACACCCUACAUCCUCCCCGCAGACCACUUCCGCACAGCCGUCCGCGUCGCCCGAGACGACCCCGCCCUCUUCCAGCUGCUGCUCCGCGCAAACGCCGAGUCCCUCCCGCCCGACGACUCCGAGAUCACCGCGUGGGCAAUGCACGUCGGCGGCGCCCUUGGCGCGUGGCUGUUGGAUUUCAUGGUCCGCUUGCCGGGGCAGGUGGAUGCGGCGCGGCGGGACCCGGGGAACAGCGCGGUGUUCUAUCUGGGGAGAUUGAAUGUGGGGGUUGAGAUGGGGCGACGAUAUCUGGGGGAGGUUUUGCGGGUGGCGGAG